AUGGGAAGAAAGAUGCGACACAUGUUGAUUUUCCUUCUAAUCAUCCUGAAGGAACCCAACAUGCAAGAAGCUGGCUGUGGGUUGAAAAUCUGUACCUUUGGAAAACAUGGUCUCAGAAGCAUCCCCCAGAACUAUCAGAACAAAAAAACCAUCGAGUUUAUGAAUUUAAAUCAUAACAAUAUAAAAAUGAUUCCAUCUGGUAUAUUUAAUAACCUACCCAAGCUAGAAAAGUUGUUGCUUGUUUCCAACAAGAUAACAAAAAUUCAGCCUGGUGCAUUUGCGAAUGUACCCCGCCUAGAAGAGCUGCGCCUUGAAAACAACCAGAUAACAAAGAUUCAGGCGGGUACUUUUGCAAACGUACCCAAACUACAAAAGCUUAACCUGGAAAACAACAAGAUAACAAAGAUUGAGGCUGGUACAUUUGUAAAUCUGCCCGUGCUAGAAAGGUUGAUACUGUGUCUCAACGUAAUAACAAUGGUUCAGCCUGGUGCAUUUGCUAAUGUACCACGCCUACAACACCUGUCCUUACAUGACAACCAGAUAACAAAGAUUCAGGCUGGUGAAUUUGCAAAUCUACCCUGGGUAGAAUAUUUGUUACUGCAGAAAAAUCAGAUAAAAGUAAUUCAACCCGGUGCAUUUGCAAACCUACACCAACUCAAAUAUUUACAUCUUCACUACAAUCAGAUCAAAAUGAUUAAAUCUGAGACAUUUGCAAACCUACCACAGCUCCAACUGUUGAACUUGUCCCACAACCAGAUAACUAACAUCCAUUCUGGUGCAUUUGAAAAUGUGCCGUUAUUCCAAACUUUGGACCUACAGAACAACAACAUGUCGUCCAUCCCCCUGUCAGGCCUUGGUCUGUUCAUAUCUAUAAUUACCAUAAAAAUCGAUGGGAACCCCUGGCAGUGUGACUGUAGGAUGACUCCCUUCAGGCUAAACCUUGCGUUCAACGAGCAGAUAGUAUGUACCCAAACCCGACAAAGUUAA